UGCGAAUGUGAAAGUAAAAGGAAGCUUUGCGCCCCGGUGCUUGCUCAUUUAAGGCCUUUUUGCUUUGGAAAUCACUGACAGGGGGGUCGAUUUGAUUUUUGUGCUGAAGAUUAUCAUUAUUUGCAGAGCAUGUUAUCGUGGCGGAAUUGGUACAGUUCCCAGUACCUGGGGGGUCAAUCCGCUGCCCAUUUCUCCAAUGGCGGUUAUCUCUUUGCUGUGGAUCCAGAGGAGUCACUGUCCCAAAUGAUAAACCGCACGCUUGCAGAUGACACGGCAGCAGCAGACGAGGAUCUGGAUUCGGCAGUCCUGUUUGGAAACCUCAGAGGGAAUAUAGUUGGAUUACGUUAUUACACCGGUGUGGUGAGCAACAAUGAAAUGGUUGCUCUGCAGCGAGAUCCGAACAAUCCUUAUGACAGUAAUGCAGUCCAAGUAAAUAAUGUGAACGGCAUUCAGGUGGGACACAUCAAACGGGAGUUGGCGACGCCCCUGGCCUUCAUCUUAGAUAAUAAACUGGCCAGAGUAGAAGGGGUUGUCCCCUAUGGAGCUAACAACGUGUUCACCAUGCCUGUGCAGCUUUCUUUCUGGGGCAAAGAAGAAAACCGCAGUGCCGUUCUGGAUAGACUGAAGAUGCACAACUUCAAACUGGCACCACCCAACAGAGGCAGUGGAAUUGCUGAAGGGUGGCCUGGAACAGGAUCUGCAAGAGCUGGUCCAAGCUACAAAGCCCCUGUGCACACUGCUGUUCAGAUGACAGCGGAACAGCUAAAGAAUGAAUUUGACAAGAUUUUUGAAGAUCUGAAAGAGCAUGAUAAGACUCGGGAAAUGGAACCAGCUAAGGCUGUCCGUACACCAUUGCUGCCUCAUCAGAAGCAGGCGCUGGCCUGGAUGAUACUGAGGGAAAAUAACACCGACCUUCCUCCGUUCUGGGAGCAGAGAAACAACAUGUACUACAACUUGCUGACAAACUUUGCAGAAAAAGAGAGGCCUGAGAACAUUCAUGGAGGCAUCCUGGCGGAUGACAUGGGUCUGGGAAAAACAUUGUCGACUAUUGCAGUGAUCCUUACAAACCAUCACUAUGGCAAACCACUUCCUGUUGAAAAAUGUGCAGCAGAGGAAUCGUCCAGCCACAGAGAAGUAAUGGAGAGAUCCUGUACCCAAAGGCCCCACAAGGCACCAUCCAGCGCUUCUGAAGUACAGGCUGGUGCUGACAAAGGGGAAAAGGUCUCCACAGUCAAUACUACAGGAAGUGUUUCUUCUUCAGGAUUUGACUUAUUUACUUCAUUUCAACCUAAAAGGAAAAAAAAGGAGAAUAUUAAGUACACUUACAGCAGCAACUCUGAGAAGGAUGAGGAAUACCCCACCACAUCGAAAAAAGUGAAAGUUGCGACAGUUAAGGGAACAGAAUGGAAAUCUACAAGCAGUGAGAAGAAAGGAGGUACUGAAGGCGAAUCGCACUUCAAGUGUGGCUUCGUGGAGGAUAUUGAUUUUGCAGCAGCACUUGGCGGCUCCAGUUCCACUCCGAAGAAGAUGAGAAAAGGUUGUGCCAGUGUCCAGACCAGCAUUAAAUCAGCAUUUGGCACCAAGGCAAAAUCAACCCUGAUCGUGUGUCCACUCUCUGUGCUCGGUAACUGGAUUGAUCAGUUUGACCGACACAUGUGCCCUGACGUGAAACUGAACUUGUAUCUUUAUUACGGUUCUGAGCGAAAUAAGGAUGCAGCAUUCCUUGCAGAACAGGAUGUGGUACUGACAACCUACAACACGCUAACAGUUGAUUAUGGGAGUGGAAGUGCCAGUCCACUGCACAAAGUGAACUGGCUCCGUGUGGUACUGGAUGAGGGCCAUACCAUCCGAAACCCAAAUGCCCAGCAGACUAAAGCAGCACUCACUCUAAAGGCUGAGAGAAGAUGGGUGUUAACAGGCACUCCAAUACAAAAUUCCUUGAAGGAUCUGUGGUCAAUUCUUUCCUUCCUGAAGCUGAAACCAUUUACAGACAGACAGUGGUGGCAUCGGACAAUACAACGUCCUGUAACCAUGGGGGAUCAACAUGGCCUCAAGCGGCUACAAGCAUUGAUAAACAACAUCACAUUGCGAAGGACCAAAACGAGCAAAGUAAACGGCAAGCCUGUGAUCGAGCUGCCUUCACGCAAGGUCUUUAUUCAACAUAUCACGCUGUCCGACGAGGAAAAGCAAAUAUAUGAAUCUGUAAAGAACGAAGGUCGAGCCAUUAUUGGCAGAUAUUUCAGCGAAGGAUCCGUUUUCACACAUUACGCCGAUGUUCUAGCCAUCCUGGUCUGGCUGAGGCAGCUGUGCUGUCAUCCACGUCUGUUUGCAAACUCUUCAGCUGUGAUAGGCUCUACAGACAGUGCCACUCCUGAUGAACUGAGGGAGAAGUUGGUGAAGAAGAUCAAACUAGUUUUGAACUCUGGCUCUGAUGAAGAGUGUGCUAUCUGUCUGGAAUCACUAACUUUUCCUGUAAUUACGCACUGUGCCCAUGUUUACUGCAAACCGUGCAUCUGCCAAGUUAUUCGGAAUGAACAGCCCACCGCCAGGUGCCCCUUGUGCAGGACAGAGAUCCGAGUGGAACAGCUGGUGGAGUGUCCUCCUGAAGAGGUGGCUCCGGCAUCACUUGACAAAACCCAGCAGGCCUGGGUCUCCAGUUCAAAGGUGGAUGCCCUGAUGCAUUCAUUGAUUGAGCUUCGAAAGCAGGACCCCACCGUGAAGAGUUUAGUUGUCUCUCAAUUCACGGCCUUUCUUACUCUUAUAGAAACUCCCCUCAGACAAGAAGGCUUCACCUUCACCCGUUUGGAUGGCUCAAUGCCACAGAAGCGACGGAUAAUCGCCAUCGAGUCCUUCCAGAGUAACAGUCCGGGCUCACCAACCAUCAUGCUGCUCUCGCUAAAAGCUGGCGGAGUUGGACUGAAUCUCACAGCAGCUUCUCGGGUAUUCCUCAUGGAUCCUGCUUGGAAUCCUGCUGCUGAGGAUCAGUGCUUCGAUAGGUGCCACAGGCUGGGCCAGACCAGAGAUGUCGUCAUCACCAAGUUCAUUGUGAAAGACUCUGUGGAGGAAAAUAUGAUGAAGAUUCAAAACAAGAAACAAGAACUUGUUGCAGGAGCUUUUGGAUCCAAACGACAGCGGGAAAUCAAGCAGGGCCGGAUUGAAGAGAUCAAGAUCUUGAUCAACAUGUAAUACCAGUUUCUGCUGACUAAAAUGUUUUAUUUCUUUCCUUCCUUCCAAGAAAUCUGACCAAACAAAUUUGAAUGAGAAGAUAUCUUUAAUACAAAUCAUUUAAUGACUAACAAAAAUGCGUGUAUAAAACAAAUCCAGUUUAAUAUAUGUGCCGUUGUUCUUCUGAUGGAGGAGAUGCUGCAUUCAGAAGAGCCGACCCUCAAAUGCAACAUCAAACCGCAGAGAUUAAAGUAAUUUCUGUCAAGGGAAAUCUGAACGUACAA